AAGCUCAACUCCCCACUUAUCGCUGUUAAACUCUUUUUACUCUCUCUCUCUCUCUCUCUCUACACUCUUCACAAAGCUGAGAUCUUUGAAAGUUCAGUGAUCGGUUCGGCCUGAAACGAGCUAUGGAGCUCGUGAUUCUGCUCCCCGACCCGCGGACUCUGCGGGUGAUCGCCAGAUCCGUGCUUCUGGCUGCUGCUUUGCUCUCCUUGCCCUGGUUCCGUGCGAUGCACGUGCACUCCGGCGACGGAUCCGCUCCGGCGGUGGAUCCGGAUGAAGCCGACCCGAAGUGGGCCGACGGUCCGUUAGCGGUCCGCAUGCUCGUUGCGGAUCUGAAGCGCGAGGGGCUGUUCAAUCCGGGGCUCCGCAACGUGUUUAUUGGGGAUCCUUCGCUGCUCGUUAAUGGGUUGGAUCUGAUGCGAGAAUAUAAGAAGUCGUUCGUGGGGGACAACUCCGUGGAUUUUGUUCUUGCCGCUGACGGGCUCGGAGACCCGGAUCUUGGGUUUGUGGAUCGGGUCUUGAAAGUUGGAGGGAUUGUGGUGGUUCGCUUAGCAUCCGACCCGAAUAGGCUGUUUCGCCUGCCAUCGAAUUACAGGAUGCUGUAUAUCCGGCGGUUUGGGGCGACUUUCGUGGCCAUCAAGAAGAUUUCCCACGGCAAUGCCGAUGAAUUUGGCGGCGGGUUGAGGGGCCGCAGGCUGUUGUCGGCAGCCAAAUUGAAGAAGAAGCAGCGUAAGAAGGCAAUGUACCUUAUAAGAGUGCUAGUGACGAGCGGCUCAUCGGAUGAGCAAUUGAUCGAAAUUAGUUAUGGGGCUAGAGCUGGUGAGUUCGAGGUUGUGGUGGUUGCUUCGUCUGGAGGAGGAUUGAAGGAAAGAUUUGCGAAAUGGUUGGAGAUGAAGAUGAAAGGGAUUGUCGGUGGUUUUUGGGGUGUUUGAUGCUUCUUCAUAUGGAAAUGGUUAGAGAUGGGUUUGGCAAUGGGUUGAAGAAAUGAAGCUUGGAGUAUGUUUGCUUUGAGUUAGUUGCUUGGUUCAAGUAUUUUAUGCGGUGUGUGCAAUAAGAGAUCCUGUUGGGGGUGCUAAAACUGGUUUUUAGUGCUUUCAGCUUGGAUGGUGAGAGUGUGGUUUGCUUUGGUUUCAGUUCCUUUAGUAGAGGUUGGUUUGUGUUAUUGUUAUUGUGUUUGUUUAGUAGAUGAUGAUGUGCUGCUUUCCUUAUAUCUAUGAAACAAGUGAUUGUGACUUUUAAA